AUGUCAGUUAGCAUACUUGGCAGGACAAACAAAUACGCUUAUAAAAGGAGCAAUACGCAGCGUGUCGCAGAACGAAAAAAAAACAUCAGACACAAUCAAGCUCUACUUACUCAUAUAUCUUUUUCUUUCCAAAAAAACCAUUCUUCACCCAUCCAACACCGCCAACCCCCCACUUCCUUAUCCACCAUGAAACCUACCACCCUCCUCUUCCUGCUCGCUAGCACAUCAUCCGCCUGGAUUGUCAAAAACUGCAGAGGCAACCUCCAGCACAACUGGUCCGCCGGGCGCUGCUACAACUACGAUGUCGGAACGAGUCUCAUGUACCAGAGCAACAAUAAGUGCCAGAUUACGUUUUAUGAAAGCGAUGAUUUUACCGGUGUGGGGUGGGGGUCGAAGAGUCAGGAUAAGUGUCUUGGGUUGCCCGGGAAUGUGAGGAUUAGGGGGGUUAGGUGGGAUGAGUAG